GAAUUGUGGAUUUUUACGGUUUGCACAGGUUGAACCCUAGUGCUGUGACUCACUCCUACUGUCACUCUAGAAAUUGGCCAAGUGUAACCACUUCCUAAAACGUAGCAUAGCGGGUUUGGGUUUUAAUGUCAACCCGGGUCCUAGAUUUGAUGACUAAUCGGUGAAUUCUUGUUAUCUAGCAGUGAAACUUUAGUGCAAGUCCAAAUUAACAAACAAACAAAGCAAGUUAAACGGUUGUUUUCAAGUCGAGAGAGGUCACCCGGAUAUAGUUCCCCCUAGACUGCAGUUAAGCCGGAUUGCAAUUUACCAAGUUCAGUUUCCAUGAAAGUUAUACUGCGGAAGGUUCUUAAACAGUCUGAAGUCUCGACUAAAGGUCUCCAGACCCUUUCAAUCUGAGUCUCAUGCGGGCGACUAACCUCCACCGGAGUAAACAGAUUGAGGCCCUAACGAACCAAACCUCCACUACCGAAUUGAAUUCGGUACAGAAUAGCGAAUUGGCUCCUCGACUAAAGUCACCAAUUCUCCACCUUCAAUUAAGGGUGCUUUAUCAACCUAGGCAGAUAUUCUCAUUCUAGGUUAAAGCUGAAACAACAGGAAUUUGAUCAGGAUUCAUGCCAUUCAAUCAUUCAAACCUCAAUUGAAUAUAAUCAAAACAUAGAAUCUGUACUUGGGUUCAUACAAUCAGACCAAACAUACAAAUCUAGGGUUCUCCAUACCCAGAUGAAUGGGAGAACUACUCCAUGGAGAAAGAAGCAAAAGCAGAUUCAGAUGCGGAAACCAUACUGUGAAGGAUGGAAUUCUGCUCCUGGGCGUCGAUCGUCACUUCUCCAAGCUCAAGCCGGGCUCCAAUGGUGAUGAAGAUCAAGCUAGGGCACUUGGGAACUCUUGUUCGUCGCUUUCUCUCUCUAGGAAUCGCUCUGUCUCUCUAAAACUCGAAUCCCCUUGAUUUUGCCCUUCUUUCCCCUUAAAAGGCUGGCUGUCGAAAUACCCGGUCGGGUAUUUUGGGUCUCGACCGGGUAUAAUUAAAACGCGCGUUUUGAUGUCAGUGGAAAAUCCCCGGUCUGUCCCAAGAAUCCACGACCGGGGGUUUUUGCCUCCUGCUCGGGCCCCCUUCUGUUUCUCACGGACGCCCAAAGCCAAAAAUCCCCGGUCAUGGCCAGAUAAUACCCGGUCGGGUAUUUGAGCCCAUGAUCGGGUAUUUUCCUCCUGCAGCACACUUCGACCCAACUUCGUUCCUUUCGACCCAAAACUCGUUUCUUUGCCUCGAUUCCAACGCCGGGCCCUGAAAUAUGACAUAAACACACAACCUCGCGUGAAAUCGGCUUAAAACACGAGAGUCAACCUCUCAAACGGCUCAAGAAUAGGGGUAAAACAGGUGUAAUUAUUGGUCUAUCAAACUCCCCCACACUUAACCGUUUGCUUGUCCCCAAGCAAACCUAACUAAAACCAAUGCAACUCUCCAGACCUCUAUAGCACCCAACAACUCCGAUCAUAGGUAGAGGAUUUCCUUGAUCAUUUAGCAACUUACGAGGUCAACCGACGCACAAGUCAUCUCAUAGCUUCUUCGGCGAGAGCGCUAGUCUCGAGUCGGCAUCAUGGCAAAUAGUGAACAGAGGACAAAUGAAUCGUGGACGAACGGACUCUCAAAAACAAAGGAUCAUGGACUCACCUUUUUAAGGUGCUCUAUUUUCUUCUUGAAGAUGGUUGGAACCCCCCUUUUUUUUUUUUUGCUUGUUUUUCUGUUUUUUUUCCUUUUUCUUUCAAGGGUCCCAACCUGCUUUUCAAAAAUGGGGGCUCCCACCUAGCAGAGGUUUUGAGGGAGCCCGGCUCUUACCGGCCAUGCCAGGAGCGGAUGUCUCGAGCCUCGUGCGGGGGAAAGACAUGUAAGGGGGCUGGAGGUAGUAGGUGGAAAUUGGGAACGGAUUCCCGUCUCCCCUUACACACUUUCGCCCUAUUCGCACGGGAGACGUUAUUUUAAAGCACAUUUUUCGAGCACCUUUUAUUUCAAAAACAUGAUACAGGAGUCAAUGCCAGGUAGAGAGUCCACAACACCACACAAUUCAAGGGUCCUAAGAUCACUAAUUCACACAAUCAACCAACACAAUAUGAAGAAGAAAGGAGACUUCUUAAAUGCAUCAACAUCCUCCAUAGUAUACACUACCUCCCUAGGUUGCACAUUACUAAAGAGACUGUCAAUUCAAAGCAUACUGAGCAGGCAAUUGCAAGGAACACGUACUUGGAGCCCUCAAAUUUAAAAAUUUGGACAGUGGACUAGGCUCCAAGCACACAAACAGAUCUAACGCAGUCAAAAGAUAAACAUCCCCCCACACUUAAGAUCGACAUUGCCCUCAAUGGAGAAGAGGGAAGGAAAAGAGGAACGAUGUUACCGGUGUGCACGGAUUGUAGGAGACUGGAAGUGGAACAGUCGGAAUGAAGCGGACUGGAGAGAGGACCAGUCAGGCAUAAGCACAGCUAAAGGAAACCAAAGAGCUCAAACACAAUACGUUAGGUCCAAUGGUCAGCCCAAUAGUACAACAUCCAAAAUAAAAAGUGAGAAACUAAACCGACACAAGACAGUUUGCACGCUGACAAAAACAAAAACACUCAAAACAUGCCACUAGGGGCCUCCUAGACCGGUGAAGUCGAUCUGGUUCAUGAGGUCGUCGUCUCCAUCCUCCGGUGGUGGUGGUGGCGAAUGAUCCCACCAGGUGGUCCAGUGGUGCUCCUCUGGGGGGGGGGGGGGUGACAAGUCUGGAGCAGGUGCUCCGAGUACUCCAUCAAUCGGCGGCCUCGAUCUCUCUCCCGCUCGAUGAGAGCACCCGUGACUCCCAUAUGGGUCUCUAAGCGGCCGAGGCGCUCGUCAACAACCGUCCGUCUGGACUGGUACUCGGCCUGGUGGGCCGAAUACUGCUGGUAGAACUGGACCUGAUGGUCCAUGAGGUGCUGGUUCUGAAGACGAAGCUCCUAGAACUGGAGCCCCAUCUGCUGGAACUGCUCCGUGAAGAAGUCUAUCGACGGGCCAGAAGCCAUCGACGGACCAGAAGGACCGGAGGAGGACUCACCUCUCCCUGGUCUCCGUCGUGGCUGAAGGUCCCCUGGUGGAGAGAGCGGGGGCUCCAGCUCAUCGGCAUCCAUGGCCCCGCCAUCAUCAUCAUCAUCAUCCACAUCCUCCUCCUCGCCGGAGUAGUCAGUGUCCUCCUCGUCUUCCUCGAGAUCCACAGCCUCCUCAGGAGGCAUGGAAAGCCCAUCUACCCAGGUACGGGUGCCAUCAGUGGCCAGGAGGAGUGCAUUGUGGAGCACCUCCCGGCUGAGGGCGGUGGAGCCGCCCCGUGCAGAAGAGUCAUGAAGUUCCUGGAAGCUGAUGUCGAAAUGGCGCGCCAAACGGGUGAUCAGGGGACCACAGUAGAGGUGGUUGGGUUUCCCGUGGCACCGGGAGAAGGUGGUGGCCACGAAAGAACCCAAGUAGAGCAUGUGCUCCGGGUACCCCAUCGAGUACAUGGCAUACAGCACCCGCUUCGGAAUCUUAUGCGAGCCGGUGACGUUGGGGACGAUGGAGCGAGUGAUGAGCAGGUUCAGGAUGUGCCACUGUGGCUUGAGGGUGCGGACAAAUGUCUGGCCAGCAUCGAAGUAGUCAUACCUAUAGGCGCGCCUGGCUAUCCGGCGAUAGAACUCGUCCUGGUUCCAGUCGGUCGGGUGCGGGAUCUCGACCUCGUGGCGGUCGAACAGGUGGUACUCGAUCCCCAAGGCUUAGGCCAACCCAUCAAUGGUCAGCUCCCGGGGGUGGCCACCCAGCCUGAAUGUCACUGCAUACGAAUCCCGGGGCGCUCUGCUGUCGUACUUGAAAGUGGUGUAGAACUCCCACACCAGCUCAGUGUAGGUGGGCUCCUCGAUAGUCAGCAGCGUUCGCUAAUCGCGGUGGCUGAUGGCAGCGGUGAGCUUCUGUAUGCAGUGGAGCUGCUCGAACACUGCCCACUCCAGAUGGUGGUGGCGCGCCAAUUUCCCCCAAGUCAUCGCGCAGAACUGGUCCGCGUAUUCAGGGUGCUGGCGCAGGUUCUGCACAAAUGGAUGGUCGAGGGACAUGCUCCUGCAAAAGCAACAAACCAAAGGUGGAGCCAAGAAAAAACUUGUCAGGACCAACAGCAUGGGUUCAUCACUUCCCCCACACUUAAGGACCACCUAGGCCAACAGUUCUAAGCACAGCCGGUUGAAUAGCAAGCAACUCAGCCGGAAUCAAGGCAAGAAACACAGAACCAACCACAUUAAUUACACGGGAAGCACAUACACCAUAGAUAGAACCAUGCAUACUUAAAGCAUCCCUCAACCUAUUCUAAAUCAUGCAGGCAAUUACAGUUCUCGGUCCUACAGUCUACAGUUCGAUUUUUCAGUAAAAGAGCAGUUAACAAGAAACACACCUGAAAACGCAAGUAGAACUGUAGCUAAGGCUAAAAAAACGGGUGAGGGACGCGAGACGGAGGCCAAAAAUGACCCGGGAGGCUCGCCGGAAAAUGGCCGGAAGGUCGCCAGAAAACGACCGGCGGCGGCGGCGGCCGGGCGGCGGCGAGGGCGGCGGAGCGCGGCUGCCGGCGGCACUCAAGAAGAGAGAGGGGAGAGGAUUUGAGAGGAAGAGAGAGGGGAACAUUUUGAAAAAUGAGGGUAGAGAGAGAAACUGACCAGGGGUUUGCUAUAAAUAGCAAAAAUCCCC